UCAAUUUCUCGUUUGUGUGUAUUUUGUGGCAAUCACCGGUUAAAUUGUAAUUUUUCGUAUUGUUGCUCUGCAGUGGCGUCAGCCACCUGAAUCACAUUCCCUCACGAUGGAUAAUCCUCUGUUCGGCACCGCGCAUAUGCUUUAUGAAGUUGAUAAAAAAUUAAUGGUUCUGCUGCACGAUGGUCGAACGCUGAUCGGUUACCUGCGAAGUGUGGACCAGUUCGCCAAUCUGGUGCUACACCGUACCAUUGAGAGGAUACACGUCGGUAAUGAGUACGGUGAUAUACAGCGCGGUGUGGUGAUCAUCCGCGGUGAAAAUGUGGUACUGCUGGGAGAAAUUGACCGCGAGAAAGAAAGCAACUUGCCGCUGAGAGAAAUCUCCGUCGACGAUAUUCUGGAUGCACAGCGGCGCGAACAGGAGGCCAGACAGGAAAAGCAUCGACUGGUCGCGAAAGCCCUGAAGGAGCGAGGGUUAAACAUGAAUUCCGAGAUGGCUCAGGACGAGUUUUAGUGUUGUCCAAUUGUUUAAUGAAACUGACUGCCGAAUUGAUGAUUACAACAACCAUAUGUGAAGUACUUUUUUAUUUAAAAAUAUCAUCUAAAGCCGUAA